GCUCCGGCGGGCGGGGCUUCCUGAGUGCCAAAAGCACUGACCCCAGGAUCGCAGCUCCUCCACUUCCUCUUUACUCUAGACCCAAGUGCUCUGAGACUGGGUCGGACUUGGAGAGCUGCCCAAAAAGCCCGGGACGGGGAAAGGUGGGAAAAAGGAUGGAUGGUGUUUGAGGCAGCGGGCGCCGGGAGGACUAAAGGGGAAACCCGAAGUGAGCCCCGGGGCCAUUCCUGUCACCGAAGAAGAAACAGGUUGUAGGAGGUCCAGUGACGUGACCUAGAUCCCCGAAGGACACACAUAAGGUCCCCAAAGAGAGUCAGACUGGAGCUGUUACACAGAAAAGGGGCGAGGGGGCGGGAUGGCCAAGGAUAUCCUCUGGGCGUUGGUUCGGUACUUGGAGCACCUGACGCCGGAGGAGCUGAAGAAAUUCAAGCUGUAUCUAAAGGAUGAGCCCUCCGGGCGGUGCAUCCCGCGGGGCAGAGUGGAGGGGGCGGAUAGAACGGAACUGGCCGAGCUCCUGGUCAAUACUUUUGGGAAAAGGAAGGCUUGGAAUCUGACUAAGAAAUUGUUGAAGAAGACGGGCCUGCGGGGGCUGUGGGAGCGAGCCAGGAAGGAAAUACUGCUGGGUAAGGAUAUACCUGCGGGCGUAACUGCGAACUUUGAGCUCUCAUUGGGUAACUCGGCUCGUCCUCCUCCGUGCAGGAUCACAACUCCCAAGGAAAAGCCCCUGCGGGGUUGGGGCUGCGGCGCAAUGCUGGAUUGUGCUUUCACCCCUGGUUUGGACUCUCCUCGGAACCCUAAUUUCUCUCCCCUUCUUGAUCUCCCCCUUGGCCCCGGAACCAACCUUUUGGGGGAACUGCAAUUUUCUUCCCGAUGUGAGAAGAGGGCAAACCCAGGGGGCAGCACUUCACCUUUAUAUGGGCUUUGGGAACAGUGGUGCCCUAGUCAUGAUCUCAGGGACAUUUCCCAAAGACCCCUCAGCAAAUAUAACCCUGAAAUCUCUGUUUUGUUUGUUGUGACUUUAGAUGAAAGAAAUAAGUACCGAGAACGAAUGAAAGAGAAAUUCCAGCUCAUGAGGGAGAGGAAUUCUCGUCCUGGGGAGCAUGAGCUCUUUCACCACCGAUUCACACAGCUGCUGCUUCUUCGAGGUUAUCGGUACAAGGAACAGAAGCAUCAUGAGCUCCUUGUUUAUGGAUGGGAACACACUGAGUUCAUGCAGGAACGAGGGCAGCUUAUAGAGAUGGUAGCGUUAUUUGAUCCCUUUAAGGAGACAGGUGUCCAACCACGCACUGUUGUGCUGCAAGGGGCUGCUGGUAUUGGGAAGACCACCCUGGCCAGCAAGGUGAUGUUGGACUGGGCAGAAGGAAACCUCUUCCAGGAGAGGUUCGACUAUGUUUUCUAUCUCACCUGCAGAGAACUGAACCCAUUAGGAGAGAGAGAAAUUAGUUUUGCUGAUUUAAUUGCCAAUGACUGGCCUGGCCCAAAGGCUCCCAUGGCAGAGAUCAUGUCCCAGCCAGAGAGACUUCUGUUCAUCAUUGAUGGUUUAGAUGAACUGAAAUUCCCUUGUAACGAGCACAGAUAUGAUCUAUGCAAAGACUGGAAGCAGAAGGAGCCAGUAUCCAUCUUGCUGAGCAGCUUACUGAGGAAAACCUUGCUCCCUGAAGCCUGCUUGCUGCUCACAACAAGACUCACUGCUCUGGGGAAAUUUUGUCCUUUGUUAGAGAGUCCACGUCAUGUGGAGAUCCUGGGCUUCUCGGUGCAGCAGAGGAAGGAGUAUUUCUGCAAAUUUUUCAGAGAUAAAGAUUUGGGUAAAAAAGCCUUUCAUUUAGUAAAAGGCAAUGACACACUAUUCACUAUGUGCUCCGUUCCCCUGAUGAACUGGGUUGUCUGCACUUGCCUGAAACAGCAGAUGGAGAAAGGACAAGAUCCUGUCCAGGCUUUGAAAACCACCACUGCCCUCUACAUGUGUUAUCUUUCCAAUUUAAUCAUCCCUGAUGACAAAAACUUCAUCCCUCAGCACUUGAGGGGUCUGUGUCGCUUGGCUGCUGAGGGGAUCUGGGACAGGAAACUGCUGUUUGAGGAGGAGGACCUCAGGAGGAAUACCUUGGAGGCAGCUGAUGUCUCUGCCUUCUUAGACAUGAAUCUUUUCCAGAAAGACAGUGGCUGUGAAAACUGCUACAGCUUCAUUCACUUGAGCUUCCAAGAGUUUUUUGCUGCCAUAUUCUAUGUGAUGAACACAGAGAAAGAAGGGAUGAAGAGUUCUGAUGCCUCCAUCCCAGGUGUCAGAGAACUUCUGGAGGAGUGUAGUGGGCUUAAUUCCAGCUUUGUGGUUCUGGUGGUCCGCUUCCUGUUUGGCUUCCUAAACGUAGAGACAGCAAAGGAGCUGGAGAGAAAAUUCAGAUGCAGAAUGUCACUGAAAAUCAAGUCACAGUUACUGCAGUGGGCUCAGGGAGAGACUGAAAGAAAUAUACAAUACCAUCAGUCUAUGCUUUAUUUCCGAGAAUUUUAUUCUCACUUAUAUGAGACUCAAGACUCUGAAUUUGUAACACAGGUGCUAGAUAACAUCCAAGAAAUUAAAGUACAAGUUUACCACCAGUAUGAUGCCCUGAAUGCAGCUUUUUGUAUUAAGCACUGUUAUAAGGCAAGAAAAAUAUCUUUUUAUUCUAAUUUUGGUUUACCUGCUGGUAUUUGGCAAGAGCUUUUUUCCAUAGUCAACAAGAAUCCAGACCUGAAGGAGUUAAUGCUGGGCAGCUUUGAAUUUGAUGACUCAUGUAUGGAAAACCUUUGUAAGGAACUAAACAAUCCAAACUGCAAACUGGAAAAACUGACGUUGGCAGACUUCAAGGUAACUUACUCUUCUUGUCAGCAUCUCUUCUCUGCUCCCAGUCUGAAAAGCCUGCACUUGAAAGGUGAAAUUGUUAAGAAUGAUGACAUGAAACUUCCACGUGAGACCUUGAGAAAAACGAACUGUCAGCUGGAGAUAUUAAGAAUAACUCAUUUUUCAAGUUUUACUGUUAAUGUUCUGGACUUUUUCUCUGCUGAGAACCUGAAAAGCUUACACCUGUUUUCUACUUACAUUCAGGAAGAUGUAGUAGAGCUUCUAAAAAAUGUCUUGGCAAAACAAGAUUGUCAGCUUCCAACUAUCAGUUUGGUAAAUUGUCUACUUCAACCUACAUUUUGCUAUAAGCUUUUCUCUGUACUUGGUAGCAGUAAGAGCCUGAAGAACUUAGAUCUGAGUCUAAAUUUCUUCGGGAAGGAGGAAAUAAAAUGUCUGUGCAAGACUAUGGAAAACCAAGUUUGGAAACUGGAGACACUGAGCCCACAUCUGCCGUGACGUUAACCACAGUUGACUUCUCCGUAACCUCGACGCUAAUGGAACUUCAAUAUUUUUCAUGUGCCUCUUUCUACAUGUGGGCCGAGGAAUCUACUACGGAUCCUAUCUCUACAAAGAAACAUGAAAUAUCAGUGUAAUUCUACUCCUCACUGUCAUAGCAACAGCAUUCGUAGGGAUGUCUGGAUGUAAACUCACUGUUGAUCGUCUUCAGAAUCUCCUACCUUUUUUCUGUAGCAUUAAGAACCUAAAAAAGUUGGACCUCAGUGAUAAUUGUUUUGGUGAAAAUGGAGUUCAUCUAUUGUGUGAAGCCUUGGAAAAGCAGGAUUGUAACCUACAAAUAUUAAACGUCUGGGAAUGGAACUUAAGUCAAACCAUAAAAAAGACACUGAACAGCCUAAAUUCAAGAAAAUCUUUUCAUAUCACUUGGAAAGACUAUCACACGGCUACAAAAGAGUUCUUUGACUGGGAUGCUGAAGAUACCCUAGCCCUGGCUCACUUCAAUGGGUGGAUGACUUUGGACAAGUUACUUUAAGUUUACAAUAAUUGAUUCUUAUCCUUAAUAUGAGAUGGUCUCUAAGGAAAUCCUCCUACCCAGACCAUGGCUGCCUGGAAUUGGAAACUUCCUGCAUUUCAGAGUCCUCCCUACUGUGAUUAAUAUCUAAAAAGUCUCUUCUACUGACCUUUCCCUGGUUGGGCAGAGAAGAAACACAAAGGACCACUCUUGCCACUGAAGAGCGGAAAAAAUCCAACAUCCCCAGUCACAGGUGCCUCAGAUUGGAGGCCUCCACUGCAGAGACCUCUGGAGUAUCAUUCCUAAGGACUUUCCUGCCUUUGCUCUGAUCUGUGCAAUAUUCUGAUCCAUAGUUGCCCCCUCUAGUCUUAUGGCAGCAGAUUCCAGCCUCUCACUCCCAUUAUUCCUGUCUUUCAAAUUCAUUCUGCUGAGUUGGAUCCCUCUUCCCAGGAGAGACUUCAUUUUCAGCCCCUCCCAGGAUGCAUCCUGGCCUUGCCCCCAUUCAGUUUUUGUCCAUCUCUGCCCUCUACUUUAUGCAUCAGCCUCUGGAAUCUGUUACCAAUUUUUUUUGUCUCAGAUAUCUUCCUUUCAUGGUCUCUGUUUUCCAGCCCUCACAGGAAAUGGACUUUUUCCUUAAAGAUAUUUCUAUUCCUAUUUGUGGCAGACCUCUUUGUAGUGGUGAGAAA